AUGAGUGGCGGUGGUCAGUCUAGACGCAGUUCUAUCGAUGUUCUUAUUCGUGUGCGCCCACUGCGGGCGGAGUUGCAGGAAAUGAAGUCCGCUUGGGACAUUAGUGCCUCUACACUGCGAGAGAAGGGCAAUCCGGAUUCUCUCUUUACUUUUGACCACGUUUAUGGCACGGACACAACAACGCAGACGUUAUAUGAGCGCAGUGUGCGUAACAGUAUCGUUACAAAUGUUGUCAAGGGGUACAAUGGAACGGUACUUGCAUAUGGUCAGACAGGCAGCGGCAAAUCAUACACCAUGUUGGGUGGUAGUGUUUCUGGUGAUUACAGCAGUCCAGAUGGAAUUGUCACACUUGCAGUGCGUGAUUUGUUUUCAGAUAUUGAGCAGGAACAACAACGAAAUCCUUCUAUGCGUGUGACGGUGUAUGUGACGAUGGUUGAGAUAUACAAUGAACAGUUGCGAGAUCUUUUGGUUCCACCAGGUGCGGCAACGUUGCCCUUAUUGAUACGAGAAAAUGAACACGGUGUGUAUGUACACAACGCCAUCAAACGACAAGUUGCGAGUGCACGGGAGUGCGUUCGGGUGAUCCACACGCAUGCCGCUGCUCGAGUGUCUGCAUCCACUGCCAUGAAUGAAAUGUCAAGUCGCUCACACUGUGUGGUUCGUAUACUUGUGGAGAGAAUCAUUCCUCUUGAAGACGUCAGCGAUUUCUUCUCCAUGAGCAGCGAGGAGGAGGGGGAAAACGGCGACGGCAUGAAAAGAAAGAUUGUUGCCGCGCUUAAUUUGGUCGACCUCGCUGGGUCGGAGCGUGUCGCAAAGACGGGCUCAACGGGGGUGCGGAUGGUCGAAGGCGGCCACAUCAACAAGUCGCUUACAAUCCUCACGACUGUCAUCAGUCGCCUGACGGAAAUGUCGGUUAGCGGGAACGGCAGCUGCGGGGCGACGCCAACAUUUGUCCCGUACAGGGAUUCGCGUCUCACACACCUGCUGAAGACGGCGAUUGGAGGAAAUUCCUUGACGGCUGUCUUCUGCUGCAUCACGCCGGCAGUGCAGCAUGUCGAUGAGUCGCGUAGCACGUUGCAGUUUGCGGCGCGCGCAAAAGCGAUUAAAAACAAAGUCUCCGUAAAUGAGGUGGCGGAUUCCAAAACAAAAUUGCGAAUGAUGGAGGCGGAAAUUCGGCGCUACAAACGUAUGAUGCUGGCGACAACAAUUUACUUGUGGAGCAAGAACGUGCGUAUUAAGCAUCUUCAAGAGAAGUUGGACGAAUUGUGUCACCUCGGGGCUGCAGAUCCUGCUGCUGCUGCUUCUGCUUCUGGUGGUGGUCCUUACGCCCUGCGGACGACGCCCAAGGAACAGCAGCGUGUCAUCAUUGAAGAACUCACGCGGCAAAACGGAGUGCUUCAGCAGGAACUGGCUGAGGCACGAGAGGCUCUGGAACGGCAGCUGGGCCCGGAGAACAAGACCCUGGCGGGCACACAAGUCACCGCUGCCGUCGCCAUGGGCCUUGCUGAUGACGGUGAGAAGCAACAGCUGCGUGCAGAUGUACGUGAUUUAGAGCAAAUGUUGAAGGAAACGCUGGAUGAGAAGAGUGCGAUUCAGGCCUCCAUGGAUGAAUUGGACAACUUCUGCAAAGAGCUGGAGGAGGAAAACGCGGCGCAUGCGUCUGCCAACAAAAAACUUCAGACGACAUGUCAGGAGUUGCAGAAACUUCUUGACGCCAAAGAAGGCGCCGACUGCGCCGCCAUGGAGGAGGUGAAUCUGCUGAAGGAACAACUUUCCAAGACGCAGUCGAAUUUGUUGGAGAAGGGUCGUGGAGAUGAAUACCUGCAACAGCUAACAAAACUUCACAUUGAGCACCAGGAGCUCCAGUACGCCCACCACCAACUUCAGGAAAGGCACAAUCGCGAAAUGAAUGAAGCCGGCGUUGAGAUGGGGGAGCUGCGGAGGAAGAUUGAUGAACUUGAGGAUGAGAUGGCAGAGUUGCGGGAUGCGAACAAGCUACAGAAUUCCUACCUCUGGCGACUGCUCAGUGUGGCGUCCGUCGUGUCACGCGGCAAGGCGGUGGAUGGGGAUGAAAUCACGUCCACUGUUCGUGGCGCACAGGUGGACGCAGCCGUUAAAACGCUUACAACCUUUGUACAGACAUCGCUUGAAAAAAAUCCUGCUUCUUUUGGGUCACACAAUGAUGUACAAUUGACACCGCCGAAUUGGAAACCCCAAGACGAGCACCAACAGGGAAUUAUUGGGAACGGUGGGAAUAAAAAUGACAACAGCAAAGAUAAUACUGUGCUCUUGAAACGUAUUGACGAGCUACAGAAGCAGCUGCUUGCAAAAGAUGCUCAGCGAGAUGUCAUUAUAGACAGCAAACUGAAGCGCAUGCAGAAUCUUGCUUUGCGUCUUCACACAAAUAACGCAGCGUUUGUUGAAGAGCUGCGUCGGUCCUAUACACUGUGCGAGGAGUUGUUUCGCUUUGUAGAAAAACAACCGAAGCUGGCACCAAAGUUGGCGAAAGCGGGUCUUGAGCCCAUGUCCUUCAAGGCAGCCAUCGAUCGUGCUUUACAGUCCAAAAUUCCCACAAAGCCGUACGGCCACAAUUGA